CCUCCAGCUGUUGUGCAGUGCAACUCCCAGCAUCCCUCCAGCUGUUGUACAGUGCAACCCAGAGCAUCCCUCCAGUUGUUGUGCAGUGCAACUCCCAGCAUCCCUCCAGCUGUUGAGCAGUGCAACCCCCAGCAUCUUCCAACAGCCAAAGGAUCUGUAGUUAAACAACUUCCAUUUUGAAGCUUCUGAAAGUUAAAGGAGGAGAAGUGGCAGUUAGUGCCUUUAUACCCCUCAUUGUUCCCUGGGGGCUGCCAGCGGGAGAGGAAUGACAUUCAGCUGCUCGUUACACAGUGGGUUCCAUUCACACCGUUAUACAAUAAUGGGCACUUUACUGGUGUAACCUGCGUGGGGCCUGUUCCUAUGGCAACGGUCCAGCCUAUAGGGAAGCGCCGCCAGCUGCUCUACAGCAAAGUUGGUUUUUGCUCGGCACAUGCUGGUUUGGCUCUCGGCAGCAGCUCACACCAUGCAACUGUCACCUCGCAGACUCUCCGCCGUCCAUAUCCUCAGCAGCUUUGUCCACGGCCGCAGACCUUCAGCUUUGGAUCCCACCCAUUGUCCCCAGCAUUGGCACCGGCGCAGUUCCGCCAUCGAGGUCCUGUCCUGUUCCAGUCAGCGGGUCAUGGUGGCCGUGUCGUCUGUUGGGGCUGAGAAGCCAAACCCCCAUGUCCUGGAGACAAAAAGGAGCUGCCGACGCCCAACCUCCAAAUACACCAAAGUGGGGGAGCGACUGCGCCACGUCAUCCCCGGCCACAUGCAGUGCUCUAUGACUUGUGGGGGGCGCUCCUGCAAAUAUGAGAACCCCACUCGAUGGAGUGAUGAGGAGCAAGCCAUUAAAGGCCUUUACUCUUCCUGGAUCACAGACAACAUCCUCGCUAUGGCGCGGCCAUCAUCAGAAAUAAUUGACAAGUAUAACAUCAUUGGGCAGUUUAAAAGCUGCGGCAUAAAAACGGUGAUUAACCUGCAGCGCCCCGGGGAGCACGCCAGCUGUGGGAACCCCCUGGAGCCCGAGAGCGGAUUCACGUAUCUGCCCGAAGCUUUCAUGGAGGCCGAGAUUUAUUUCUAUAAUUUCGGGUGGAAAGAUUACGGUGUCGCUUCCCUCACCUCAAUUCUGGACAUGGUUAAGGUCAUGGCAUUUGCUUUACAGGAGGGGAAAGUAGCCAUCCAUUGCCACGCAGGGCUCGGCCGUACAGGUGUGCUGAUCGCUUGCUAUUUGAUAUUUGCCACGAGGAUGACUUCGGACCAGUCCAUCCUUUUUGUUCGUGCCAAGCGGCACAAUGCCAUCCAGACCCGGGUGCAGUUAUUGUGCAUCAGGGAAUUUUCCCAGUUUCUGACUCCACUUCACAACGUAUUCGCCUGCUCGGACCCCAAGGCUCACGCGGUCACAUUAAACCAGUACCUGAUCCGACAGCAGCAUUUGCUUCACGGCUACGAGUCCCGCCAUCUGAAAUACGUGCCAAAAAUGGUGCAUCUGGUGUGUAAGUUACUGCUGGACCUGGCGGAGAACAGGCAAGUGUUGGAGGAGGAGACGCUGGACAGACUGGACCUGUCGGCAGAGAUCGAGAAGACGGUGUCCCAGCUUCCCAGCAUGCCUCUGGAUACAGUAUUAGGGAGCAACAUCCCUGGGGCUGAUCCUUUAACCCUUUCCCCCUUGAGCCCCAUGGUUGGUUUAACCCUUCAUGACUCAGUGUUAUCCAGUGAGCAGGAAUUUGAUCCGUUGUGGAAGCGCCGGAAUGUGGAGUAUCUGCAGCCCCUGUCCCACCUGAAGAAGCGGCUGAGCUACAGCGACUCGGACCUAAAGAAAGCGGAAUUAAUUCUGGAGCAGGGGGAGACCCCGUGGACUGAGCCGGCACAGAUGCCCCUUCUGUCCCAUGUUCUGGGGAAACAUUGCUUUGUGCCCGGGGGAAACCACUUGGAUCAACCACCCCCUUUGCCAAAAAACCAACCCCCUGCGAACAAUAAGUUUUCAUUUUGGACUCAAACCAAACUCAGUAGCACCGAAUCCCAAAGAGAGGGGUCCCCACUUUUCCACAGAAGGAAGCCCCCCAGGGAGAUGCAGAGGAGCCGCACCUUCUCAUUAGGAUAUUCCUCUUUGCUCAACAGCGACCAGACGUCGUUACUGGACUCCACGUUAUUGGCAAACGCAGAACCAAACCUGCCCCCCGAUAAUGACUGCUCUUCUGCCCUGGGGUCUGAAAAAGGGAAUGAUGCCGCCCCCAAAGCCACGUUUUAUCUUGGAAAUGGAACCCAAGAGGAGGCAACAUCUCAGAGUGUCCCACAUAUUGUUCUGCCGUCUGAGGCCAAUCUCGAAUGCCGGCGGCUGCAAGCGGCAAAAGCUCUCGCAGAACGACCGCCAGAAAGUGAGGAUGAAAUAGCUGAGAAAGUAACUGUUUGGCAGAAAGAGCUGAAUUCCCGGGAAUCGGCCUGGGAUAAAAUGUGCUCGGAGAGAGACCCCCAAGUCCUUAGUAGCCUGAUGUGGUCGUGGCUGGAUCAGCUGAAAGAACCGGUGAUCACCAAGGAGGAUAUUGAGCUGCUGACGGGUUGCACUUGUGAUGCCGACACUGCCCUCUACCUGCUGGAAAAGAGCCAACAUCAAACCCUCCUGUGCAUCCUCCAUUGUGUGGGAAGCCUUCAGCCAAUCCCUUCUGACCUACUGGGAGAUCUACUGGCCAGAAUCGUCCGAGCUUUCACUAAGGUUCCUCCAGACUCUACGGAUGCCCCGACUGUGUAUAACGCCCUUAUCCCCAUCUUCAGGCAAAUUCUGUCGGACUUGCGCAAAUAGGGCACAGAAAGGGAAUGGAGAAUUCAGGAUUUUCCAGAUUUUCUGGAUUUUUGCCCCUAUCACUGUACGUUGCCCGAUCCUCUGGGUUUCGCUCCGGGUCACGUUUGUGUUCUGUCCGUAGGGUACAAAGGGCUCAAUCCGUUGUGUUGGUUCCGUUUUGUGUCGUGUGAAUUUGUGACCCACGUGUUUCCCCUCCCACGUCGUAUCCAGCCAAUAUCUGUUUAUUAUUUCUAUUUAACGUACCGGAAAUACUUUAUUUAUUGUAUGACAGGGGACUGCAGCAUAAUAUGUCCCCAAUAUUGCACUGUGACUUGUUUUAUUCUAUUUGUAUUGACUGAAUCUGUUUCUAUGGAGUCAGAAAGUUUCUCUUGCAAAAAAAAAAAAAAUAGAAAAAAGCACAGGAAAAAACAACAAGCAAAAUUCCUUGUAUGUGGAGCCAUAAAGGGAAGAGAUUGCAGAACUAUGUCGCCUCCUGGAGGACAAUACGGGGCAUUACAGUUUGCAAUUAGCAGCUACUGUAUAACAAGCAGCUCCAUAAAGGGAAUAUUUCCCCAAAUAAUUACUUUUCAGUCACCACCUGCUUAUCAUCAUCAUCAUAAUGAAAAAUUGGAUUUUUGGGUCAUUUAGUAAAUUAAAAAAAUGUUUUUCUGCUUUCCCUGACUAAUCCCACCAUCAGCAGUCAGCUCUCCUCCAGCCAGGACUACAACUCCCACAAUGCACUCUGUUGUCUCUUAUUGCCCUUCUCAGGUCACAGGACAUGCAAAGCAUUGUGGGAGUUGGGGUCCAGGCUGGAAUCAAUGGUGGAAAUAGUCAGGGAAAGUAGAGAAACAUUUCAUUCACAAAAUGACCCAAAAGUCCCAUUUUUCCUUAUUAUGAUAAACCUGUAGCAACUGGGACAGGGGUUUAGGGACCAAAAAACGGAACUGGAUUAUUUUUACCCCCGUUCUUCCUCUUGGAAACUCCCCUAAUAUUUCUCACCAACAUGACAAACACUUUAUUGUGGGCUUUGUAUUUUUGGGAGCUUGCGGCAUUUAGUAACUAUUUUCUAUAUAAAGAGAAUAAAACAUC